CGACAAGGAAGUAAAUCAACCUGUCGUGAGGAAUUUUGGUUAAAAUGGAUUUCAUUGAUGGCUUUGCAGUAUGAUUAUCAAUAGAAUCCACGAAGUAUCAGACAAUAAUACAUUAUAACGUGUACUUUAUACGGUCAUGAGACUGUUUAGGAAUCAAUGAAACUGGUCACAGGGAUAAGUGUACGAUAUGGCUAAUGUCAAACAGUUAACACAGAUGUUUUCAAACAUUAUAAAGAAAGACAAUUCCUCAACACCACAACCAACACUAGUUGAAGCAAAACCUACCGCUGAAUCGGAGCUGCGUACCAAACUUCUUGUUGCGGCCUUUGACUUUGGCACGACAUACAGCGGUUACGCGUUCUCUUUUUACGACGAUCCAAAAAAGGUGCAGGCAAAUCAAUCAUGGAAUGCAUUAAGCGAACAAUUAAUGUCUCUGAAGACGUCAACAAGUGUUUUGCUGGAUCAAAAAAAUCAAUUUUCCUUAUUUGGGUAUGAGGCUGAGAAUAAGUACAUUGAACUCGCCGAGGACAAUGCGUUGAACGACGAGAAAGGGAGAUGGCGCUUGUUCAGAAGAUUCAAGAUGAUCCUUCAUAAUAGCAAGGAUCUUACACGCCGUUCGAACGUUUAUGAUAUGCAAGGACAGCCAUUUCAAGCAUUAGCGAUCUUUACAAUGGCAAUACAAUAUCUAAAGAACCACUUUUUAUCGGCGCUCAAUAGACAAGUAUUGGCAGUAAAAGAAACAGACAUCCAGUAUGUCAUAACAGUACCUGCGAUUUGGAGCGACAGUGCAAAACAAUUUAUGAGGGAAGCAGCGAUAAAGGCUGGCAUUGAUGGAAAAAGAUUAAAACUUGCUCUAGAACCAGAAAGUGCAUCAAUAUGUUGCUCUGAGGAGAGUGAAAAGGCAAGAAUCGCCCUCGCCGGUAUUGGAACCCGUAGUAUGGUCAUCGAUCUUGGAGGAGGAACAGCGGAUAUAUCUGUUCAUGAAAGAAAAGAAGAUAAAACUUUGAAAGAAAUCCACAAGGCAAGCGGUGGUCCUUGGGGUGGAAUCUACGUUGACGAAAACUAUCUACAAUGGUUGAGAAGUAUCUUUGGAUCGGAAUCCAUAGACAAAUUGAAAAAUGAGGCUGUGGGUGAUUACAUGGAUUUGCUACGCCAAUUUGAGACCAAGAAAAGGGCUCAUAGUACAACAGUUCCCAUAAAAACGACCAUUCGAUUGCCCAAUUCACUGCGAACUUUUGUUGAAAAAGCUUGGGGAAAAGACAUUGGAAAUGUAUUGUCGCAAAAAGGCCUUACCUUGGUAUCCGGGGAUAAAGUACGUGUUAAACCAAGUAUUUUUGAUUCCUGGUUCGACGGGCCUUUGAAUAAAGUUAUUUCACAUGUCAAAGAAUUACUAAAAGAAGAUCAAAUGAAAUCCGUCCAAAUUAUAAUGCUUGUUGGUGGAUUUGGUGAAAGCAAGUAUGUACAAGAGAGAAUGGAAAAGGAAUUUGCGGAGAGAAAAUUGUUAGUGCCUGAAGAAGCUGGGCUUGUUGUUUUGAAAGGCGCAGUGAUGUUUGGACAUGAUCCAACCAUUGUGUCAUCUAGAGUGAUGAAAUAUACGUAUGGUGUAGCCGUUGAUCAAAUGUUUAACGAAAAGAAACAUCCUCUAAAGCGAAUGACAGUCGUUACAAACACAAAGAUGUUGUUAGGGGGCUUUAAGGCUUUUGUCUCAAUGGGCGAUGAAGUCAAACUCAAUAAAGAGAUAUCAGACGAAUUUACGACGAAUUCGCCAGAAAUGUCCUUGAUAGAAAUUUACCAGUCAACUUCAAAGUUGCCGUAUUACGUUGCCGAUGCCGAUUGCACAAAACUUGGGGAUUUGAUUGUUCAUCACCCAAAUGGUCCACAGGAAAAAGAAAAGAAAAUUGAUGUUACAUUUAUUUUUGGGGAGACCGAGCUGGUUGUGAAGUGGAGAGUUAAAGAUACAGGAAAAGAGGAAUUCUUAAAAAUCGACUGUUUAAAAGAUUUCGCCGUUUUGAUUAAACCCCGCUGUAUACCUCUGGUGAACCAGGAAGUUGUUUGUGUUCGCAUGGCGGUGGGGGAGUUAAAGAUGUUUUCAAAAUUGUUUCAAAGAAAAGACACUUCCGAUGACAGGCCAAGCGAUGCCCCUCCGAAAAUUACCGUCAAGAUACCCCAUCCAAAGCCCAAAAAAGAAAACAUCCUGCUGGUUGCUGCAUUCGAUUUUGGCACAACCUAUAGCGGCUUUGCGUUUUCAUUUCACAAUGAUCCUAUGAACAUUCAAACACAAAACUGGGUUGCUGGAAGUGAAAAACUAAUCUCUCCGAAGACCCCGAGCUGUGUUCUUCUCAACCCCAAAGGAGAAUUUGAUUCGUUUGGGUUCUUUGCGGAAAACAAAUACGUUGAUUUGGCAGAAGAAGAUAAGCACACAGAAUGGCGGUUCUUUAGGAGAUUCAAAAUGGUGCUCCACGACAACAAGAAAUUAUCACGAACAACAACAAUAGAAGACAUCAAUGGAAAACCGUUUUCGGCCUUGAAAAUAUUUGCAAUGUCAAUUAGGUACUUACGUGAGCAGCUAGUUGAGUCUGUCACGAACCAGCAGAUUGGACUAAAAGAAAACGAAAUUCUAUUCGUCAUCACGGUUCCUGCCAUCUGGGAUGAUCGUGCAAAACAGUUUAUGCGAGAAGCAGCUCUUGAGGCAGGAAUAAAAGAUAACCGGUUAAAACUCGCAUUAGAGCCCGAAGCAGCAUCUCUGUGGUGCAUUGAGAAUAGUGAAAAUGCACGAAUAGCAAUGGCUGGGACAGGGACACGCAACAUGGUCGUCGACCUCGGAGGUGGGACAGCUGAUAUUUCUGUCCACGAGCGGAAAGAAAAUGGAACGGUAAAAGAGGUUCACAAAGCCAGUGGCGGGCCCUGGGGAGGGAUCUACGUUGAUGAGAACUACAUGAAAUGGAUUGCGUCUAUAUUUGGCCAGCAAGCUGUAGAUGACAUGAAGAAGUACGCUAUGGGGGAUUAUUUUGACAUUCUUCGAGAAUUUGAAACGAAGAAGCGUGCGCACAAGACGAAUACGGCAACAAAGACAACACUGCGUGUCAGCUCCAUACUUAGAGCAUACGCGGAGAAGCACUCCGGCAUGAAGCUUGAAGAAAUGAUUGCAAAGAAAGAAUUUGGUGAUACGGUCGUCCUACGUGGCGGUGACAAACUAAGAAUUGAAUCAUCUGUUAUGGAUGCUUGGUUUAAUGAGCCUGUGGACAGACUUAUUGCUCAUCUUAAAGAGCUUUUGAAAGAGGAAAGAUUGAAAUCUGUGAAAAACAUUGUACUUGUUGGAGGAUUUGGCGAAAGCAGUUACGUCCAAGAGAAAAUAAAUGGGGAGUUUGUCGAUAGAAAAUUACUUGUACCAGUUGAAGCAGGCCUGGUUGUCCUGAAGGGCGCUGUACGAUUUGGACAUGAGCCAAACAUAGUGUCAAGCAGGAUUAUGAAAUACACCUAUGGGGUUGCUGUAGACAGGAUAUUCAACGAGAAGAAACAUCCAAAGAAACGAAUGGGCAAAGUGAACGGCGAGAAGAUGGUAAUGGGUUGUUUUGACGCGUUUGUAAAAGCGGGAGAUGAAGUCGAGGUGAAUGCCGAAUUGUCCAAAGAAUUUCCAGCCAACUCACAAGAAAUGUCCUUGAUUGAAAUAUAUCAAUCGGCAAAACCCGAGCCUUGGUAUGUAAAUGAUUCAGAAUGUACCAAACUUGGCGACUUAUUGAUCAGUCAUCCCGGGGCAAAGCAGAAUAAACGUAAGAUUGACGUCACGUUCAUAUUCGGAGAGACGGAGCUGGUUGUGAAAUGGAGGAUUCAUGAAACAGGAAACGAAGAAUUUCUGAAGAUAAACUGCUUGCAUUAAAACUGUGAACUAAAAGUCUGUAUAAUAAGUGCUGUGAUAACAUUUUAUAAGGAAUUAACUUUUAUUUGGUGACUGACAUUGUAGCUUUUAUAUGCUUGUAUUUGCUUUAUGUUUCUGAUCCUGAUCAACUUAACCUGCAUGGACAUUUUGGAGUAAUGUCAAUGAACCGCUACGCGUGAAUAUGAAAUCGAAAAAUAUUCUUGAAGACGACAAUUACUCGGAACCCCAUAUUGGACAAUAGAAAAUGAAAACAAUUCCCACGUUAUGGUCACACAUGCUUAAAACACAUAUUCCUAACUUGAAAGUGAUAGUAAAUCACAUUAUUCUCAGAAAAUUAAGUUUUCAGUCCGGCAAGUAAUCAGAGAUGCAUACAAUGAGUAUCAUGCCUUAUUUCGAUUUUUUUGUCUCUGUGAAUGACUUACAGGUCCAUUUUUUAAUGAUUAUUUUUCUCUUUGAAACAGACUUACUACGCGGUUAUAUUGGUUAAUGGUUACAUCGGGUUCGAAUUUGAUUUGUUUCAAAGAUUAAACUGUUUCGAUGUAACCGAAAUGUAUUACUACUAUAGCAUAUAUAUUAUAAUAAACGCGAUCUGCUUCA